AAGGUUAUUCUGGGCAUUAUGAUGAAAUAUUUUGGUGAAACCAGUAAUUAGGGUUUGUGAUUGGCAGGACCCAACAAGCAACAAUCAGGAAUCAAAAUUCCAAUCAAGAAAGAAGAACAGAGCCUCUGUCUGUCUCUGCUGCUUUCUAGGGUUUUGUGUUUAUACACUAUGAAGAGAACAAUGCCAUGGAGUGAUGAUGAUGACUCAUCUAAUGAUGAGUCAUCUUCUUUGCAUUCAGACUCUGAAAAUGAUAGUAAAACUGGAGCCAAAAAAUCCAAAGGUAAAUCUACAAAGCAGAAAAGUGCUCCAAUUGACUUUGAAGCUCUGAAACGAUAUGGCUAUAAAGGCGGGCCUUCUGUCUUAAAGGUACCUCCACCCAAAGAAGAUGACUCAAAGCGAGAUUGGUCCUGGUCCAGUGGAAAGGAAAAGCGUGUCGAGAAGGAAGUUGAAGAAACAUAUGAAGAGAGAAAGAAAACAAGAGAGGCUCUUUCCCUAGGAGAGCAAAUGCCAACUGUUCUGACCAGGAAUGACAAGAAGAAUCUUUCCUUUUCUCAGAAGGAAAAGAAGAAAAGGGAUCUUGGUCAAGCAAGCAGGGGGAAAAAUUAUGUUGAAGAAGAGAAAAGGCUGUUGAGGGACAAUGGAGUCUAUUCUGGUUUUGAUUCUUGAUAUGCCAGGCUACAAUCUACUACAUUUUGUAUAAAGGUACUGUGAUAUGGUCUGUGUUAUUUUGUUGUACUUAAAGGAUUUAGUUUAGCUGGAGAUGUCUACUAUAAUCUCAUGUCAUGUUAAGUCGAAACUCGAAACCAUUUUAGAUGAUAAAUGGCUGAGAUUGAUAAAAUUAAGCCCCCUUUUUUUACUCAGAAGAAAAUAUAGAACGUUGUCCUGGGAAUUGUUUUUCAUAUAUUUUUUUUUUUCUUGAGGUGCUUAAAAAAGUUAUAAGCUAUGGAAUGUUGGAGUUCUGAUAUUGCAGCAUAACAAUUUCGAAUGAAA